AUGAGCGGCGACAGCGAGAAAGGCUCCGUCCAAGCCCUCCCCAUGCCGCGGCAGGCGUACGCUCCUCGACGUCAGAUCGCGAACCCCGGCCCGCUCGGCCUCUACGCAUUCGCCGCGACGACGCUCAUCCUGUCGCUCUUCAACGUCGGCGCGGACCAUAUCGUCGUACCGAAUGCGGUCGUCGGGAUGGCGAUCUUUUACGGGGGGCUUUGCCAGCUCCUGGCUGGGAUGUGGGAGUUUGCGUGCGGGAAUACGUUUGGAGCAACUGCGUUCACAUCCUACGGCGCCUUCUGGCUCUCGUUCGCAGGGUUCUACGUCCCCGCCUCCGGUAUCGGAGCAGCAUACGCAGCAGCGCCGGACGGCGCGGCGCAGGAAGACGCCGCGAUCGGGAUCUUCCUCAUGUCGUGGAUGACCAUAUCUUUCCUCUUCUUCAUCGCAUGCCUGCGCAAAAACCUCGCCUUCGCCGCGCUCUUCUUUACGCUCAUACCCACCUUCACCUGUCUCGGCGCGUCCAAGCUGUCGGGCAACAGCGCGCUCAACACCGCGGGCGGCGCGUUCGGGAUCGUCGCGGCGCUCAUCGCGUUUUAUAUCGGAACGGCUGAGUUGAUGGGGCCGGAGGAUCUAUUUAUGUUGCCGCUUGGGCGGUUCAAGCCAAGGGGGCUUACUGUGUGA